AUGGAAGCAUUGUCCGCGCGAUUUGAAAAGCAACCACCGAACAAUUUGAGGAAAAGCAAUUUUUUCCAUUUUGUGAUUGCACUGUACGAUCAAAAUCGACAUCCGAUCGAAAUUGAACGAGCGGCUUUCGUGGAUUUUGUGGAAAAGGAGAAGGAGCCGGACGGAGAGAAAACCAACAACGGAAUCCACUAUCGAGCACGAUUGAUCUUUUCUAAUGGCGUACAACAAGAUCAAGAUCUCUACGUUCGUUUGGUAGAUUCCGCAACCAAGCAGCCAAUUACCUACGAAGGACAGGAUAAAAACCCGGAAAUGUGCCGUGUAUUACUGACACACGAGGUAAUGUGCAGCCGUUGUUGUGAGAAGAAAAGUUGUGGAAAUCGGAACGAGACACCCUCAGAUCCGGUGGUAUUGGAUCGAUAUUUCCUCAAAUUCUUUAUGAAAUGCAAUCAGAAUUGUUUGAAAAAUGCUGGUAAUCCACGCGAUAUGCGAAGAUUUCAAGUGAUUUGUCCCACUGUUACUCCGGUUAUCAAAGCCCUGAGCCCGAACGAGGGCUGGAUUACCGGGGGAGAAACGGUCACGGUGAUUGGAGAGAAUUUCUUUCAUGGACUGCAGGUCGUAUUCGGAUCAACCGUGGUUUGGGGAGAAUUGUUAACACCACACGCAUUACGCGUUCAAACUCCACCGCGUCAUCUGCCAGGUAUCGUGGAUGUGACGGUCGCAUUCAAGAACAAGACAUUUUGUAAAAAUAAUCCGGGACGGUUUGCUUAUAUGUGUAAUGAUGUCAAAUUUAUACUAAAUGAAUGUAUAUACUGUCGUUCCCUUUUAGCCAUAACUGAUCCCACGAUCGAAUAUGGUUUCCAGCGCCUAUGCAAAAUAAUUCCUCGUCAUCCAGGUGAUCCGGAACGUCUCCCUCGAGAGAUCAUUUUGAAACGUGCCGCUGAUCUGGCCGAAGCGCUAUACACUAUGCCCACACGUAGUAUGCCAUUCGCGCCUGCCACACUGUUUCGUCCAGGGACCGCAGACGAGCAUCGUUCAUCCGACGAUGAUGGUCGUGUUCGUCCCGGUGGAAAUGAAACUACUUCGUCCUCCUCACCAAAACUUCCACCAAUUCUCGGUCGAGGUCUACCGAUGGUUCCACCGCCACCAUCGAUUCACUGUCCGUCGGAAAUCCAAUCGGCUUCCUCGUCAAUACAUCCCGGAUCGAUGAGUAAUUUUCUAGCCCUAUCGGCUCAGAACGGUUUAGAUUUCUCCUAUGCCUAUGAGACUUUGGAUCCGAGUGGAAUUCGUGACCCAAUGGGACAAACACAUUUGCAUGAUAUGCAUCUGAAUACGGGCCCAUACGGUACGUAUGAUCAAAAACCGCUCGGUCCCAAUUCAUCUAUGAUGAUGCGUUCGAUUUCCGACUCUACCUCCGUCGUGCAAGAUGAAGUAGUUAGCAUGAGUCAACACAGUUUGAGUAGUGGAGCCAGCAGUGGCACAGACAGUGGAGAACCGAACGAAGGAAUUCGAGUAAACACAUUCUAUCCCACGAUUCGACAUCCUAUUAAACGCGCUCGCUGUGAAUGGCUCAACGCGUCACACGAAGCGGACUUGUACACAUCUAGUACAACACCUGCAGUCGAGGCAACCAAUGCUAACACCAUCACCACUACCACCACCAACACCACCUCUGCCGCAACAUCAGUGGACACCUCAGUACGCACCUCGAUCACCUCCGUCACAGAUGUUCUCAGGAUAACCAAUACGAAGCGUCAAAGCGAAAACACCCAGUUCCAAAGUUCACCUGUUAGACAUGAUGCAGAAUUGGUUCAACGGUUUAGCGGUUCUGCAUUCCUUGCUGGUAUUCCUUUGGAGAGACCUACCAUGCAAGAUAUGGAUCCGGAGAUCAAUACAGAUAUCGGUCAGGAUGUGGCUAUGAAUAGUCUACCGAAGAAAAUGAAGCUUCACCGUGUGACCGAGGCACUAGAAAACUCUUCAAACGCCGUUGGUGCACGGGGUCAACGGAGUGUGCACACGUCCAAGCAAUCCGAACUGGAAAAUCCGUCCUCAACUAUUCACGGUCCUCGUUCGACAACGUCCUCCGCGUUCACGGAUAUCAAUCCUUCCGAUGGACAGUAUCCGUGCGCGAAUAUGCAACCGGAAAAACUGGGUUCAUUGAGAGCCAAAUCGGACGACAACAAAAGUUUGUCAAUGGAUAAUGCCUGGUCCAGUGGCUACAAUAUGCAAGUACGUUCUGAUCAGUAG